GUAGUAGUUCUAAUUUGCGAGAUCCGUGGGUCGACGAUGACUGACGGUGGUCGAUGAUUUUCGUGUUGGAAGUUGGAAGUGGGAAGUGGCAAGUGGCUCUCCUGAUGCCUGACGUAUGUAUGUUGGCGAACAUUUGGCGAAUGUCGCGAAUUAUCUGACUGUGAUAGACGUAAGGUUUCUCGCGGUCCGGCCAUGACGUAAGAAUUACGCGAAAUGAGUAGAACCGCGAGAUCCGUGGGUCCCUGUCGGGGCGGCUUGUACGUCGUCGAGAGCGAAGUAUGCCUCCUGGUAACGGCAAUGCGGCGAGGUGCCCGAUGGUCGUCGCACUCUCAUCAGGAUGACGAUCAGGAUACUUUAAUGAAGGGCUUGAGUACCUUGAAAGAAGUGUUGAACGAACACAGAGAUCUGUCUCAAUUAGAACCUGCAGUUUUUCUUACCCCCUUCCUAGAAAUUAUAAGAUCAGAGGAAACUACAGGACCAGUGACUAGUCUAGCGCUGUCUGCUGUUAAUAAAAUAAUUUCUUAUGAUCUUGUUGAUGCUAAUCAUCCUGCCAUAGCUUCCUGUGUAGAGACUAUAGCAGAUGCUGUGACGCAUGCUAGAUUUGUGGGUACCGAUGCAUCUGGUGAUGGAGUGGUCCUCAUGAGAAUCUUACAGGUACUGAGAGCUCUUAUGCUUUCACCUGCAGGUGAUCAUCUCUCCAAUGAAAGUGUAUGCGAAAUUAUGCUGAGUUGCUUUAGGAUAUGCUUUGAAACACGUCUCAGUGAAAUACUUAGGAGAACAGCGGAGCAUUGCCUAAGGGACAUGGUUCAUCAUCUGUUCACCAGAUUACCUCAGUUUGUUGAUGAUACUAGAGUCUUACCCAAUAUGAAAAAAAUGAGAACGAACAGCAUAGAAAAUACUCGUAGCAAGAAUAGAAAACAUAAAAGUUAUACAAAGCAGAAGUCCAAGUCCAUCACGGAUGACGUUGAUGAGAAGGAACCGCUUAUUCUGAAUUCGGUUGAUAGAAACCGAGCGAAUCACUUAGCCACUACGCCCAUUUCACCAGUUGGCAAUAUUGUUGAUAUGCAAGGAUCCUUAGAUCAUGGAAGUAUUGAUAAAAACGAGGAUGAAAAAAGUGAGAGCAAGAUUGAUGCUAGCAAGGAUAGCAAAAUUAACAAGUGUAGUAAAGCAGUAGAUCAGGAAACGAAUAAGAAGCAAGAGAAUGAUAAAGAUGUAACCAAUAUAGAUGGUAAAAACGAGACAGAAACGAUUGAAGUUAAUGACACGUCUGAAAAUGUCAAUAUUGAAAAUAAAACUGCAGUUUCAACAGAAACUAAAAUCGUAGCUUCAACGGAAACUAAACUCGUAGAGAAAGAAGAUGCAAUCGAUCAGAAAAAUACAAUAGACAAAGCGUCUGAAUCUUCCAUUAAGCAAUCUGUGUUAGAAAAUCAAGGUGACGAAGAAAAAAGUAUCGAUUUAGCGCAAUCUCCGACCGGAAGUGUAGAAGACUUGUCGAUAGAUGAAAGCACGUAUAAGAUGUCUAAAGCAAAAGAGCCCGAACAACUUGAGGAGUAUGUGAAUAGUCAAGGUGUUCGGUUUAUUCCAUUGCAACAGCGCGCACCGUACGGCGCGUUGUGCGUACGCGAGCUGUUUAGAUUUCUCAUUUCCCUGUGUAGUCCCCUUGACAAGCAAAACAACGAAAUUAUGACUCACUUGGGUCUCAGCUUAUUACAAGUGGCAUUAGAGAUCGCUGCCGAUGCUCUUUCUAACUUUUCAUCCUUACUUGCGCUCGCAAAGGACGACUUGUGUAGAAAUCUAAUCUUGCUGCUUGGAACAGAUAGAUUGUCGAUUCUCGCUGUAAAUCUUCAAGUAUCAUUUCUACUGUUUGAAUCGCAAAGAGAACAUUUAAAAUUCCAACUAGAACAUUACUUAAUUAAAUUAAUGGAAAUUAUUCAUUCUGAAUCUAAUAGGAUAUUAUAUGAACAACGAGAAUUAGCACUUGAGGCUAUAGUAAGAUUAUGGAGAAUACCUGGUUUACCAGCUGAAUUGUAUUUAAAUUACGAUUGUGGACUUUACUCCACAAACUUAUACGAGGAACUUAUGAAGAUGUUCUCUAAGAAUGUUUCUAUACCAAUAACUACCAACAAUAUGUAUAGUAUGCAAUUGAUUUCUUUGGACGCUAUAAUAAUGCUGAUUGUUGGUAUGGAAAUUCGUUGUAGAGGUUGCAAAGAAUUAUGUAAGCCAUCACGUCAUGAAGCAUCAUUGAAUCUUCCCACGCACGAAGAUCUGCUCGCAAUAAGAGCGAAUAAACGGUGGUUGGUAAUUGGUACAGAAAAGUUUAACGAGAAUCCACGGGAGGGUAUUGCAAAACUUAUGGAGCACGGUCUUUUGGGUGAUACUCCUGGUCACUUGGAUCCCGAAAGAGUCGCAAAACUUCUGAGAGAAAAUCCGGGUUUGGAUAAAAAAGCGAUAGGCGAAUAUAUUAGUAAGAAGGAAAACAAGAAUAUUCUCAAUUAUUUCGUGCAUAAUUUUGAUUUGAGGAAUACAAGAAUCGAUCAAGCUUUACGACUUUAUUUGGAAUCAUUUAGAUUACCUGGAGAAGCUCCUCUUAUAUCUCUUCUACUCGAAAAAUUCGCUGAGCAUUGGCAUGACAGCAAUGGUAGACCGUUUGCUUCGGCCGAUGCUGCUUUUACAUUAGCUUAUGCGGUGAUUAUGUUAAAUGUAGACCAACAUAAUUAUAAUGUAAAGAGGCAAAAUAAUCCCAUGAAUGCCGAGGCAUUCAAAAGAAAUUUAAAGAAAGUUAAUGGUGAUGCUGAUUUUGAUCAAGAUAUGCUCGAUGAAAUAUAUACUUCAAUUAAAGGGGAGGAAAUUGUAAUGCCGGCCGAACAAACCGGUUUAGUGAAGGAAAAUUAUCUGUGGAAGGUUUUACUGCGAAGAGGUUCUGGACCUGAGAGCAUGUAUCUAAAAGUAGGCAAUUCCGGCGAAUUCAUCGACAGAGACUUGGCCGAGCAUGCAUGGGGUCCAAUUAUCAGCGCUCUUUGUCGAGCUUACGAUAAAGCGCCGGACAGAUCGUUGCAACGCAAAGUUGCUCAAACGUUUCUCAGUUGUGCGGCAAUCAGUGCUCACUAUAGCAUGUGCAACGAUUUGGACACGCUUAUAGUAAGCCUUUGCAAAUUCACGGGUCUGAUAAUUGGCGCAAAACCCGAACAAGUAGUGCUACAUCUUGGUGGAAGUUCAAAAUCACAAUUGGCCGCUCGCACCCUUUUCAAGAUCACGCAUUUACACGGAGAUGCUUUGAGAGCAUCAUGGAAGAACAUUAUCGAUUGCCUGCAGUCACUCUAUGAAGCGAGACUCUUGCCGAAAAAUCUUACAGAGGCGGAAGACUUUAUCGAUCCAUCUGGCAAGAUAUCUCUACUCCGAGAACCAACCACACCCAAAGUUUCUCCGGGUGAUCAAGGAAUAUUUUCUACCUUUUAUUCCUAUAUUGCUAUGGAUACAUCACGUCUACCACAUCCCGCUGAAGCGACCGCGCGAAAGAAAGCUGUGGAAUUUAUUGCCAAUUGUUAUCUCAAGGAAAUUAUUGAAGAAAGCAAGUUCUUUCAGAGUGAAUCGCUCAAUUCCCUGGUUGGUGCUUUAGUAUCGGUGAAUCCUAAUGAUGAAGACAUAUCUAUAUUUAUAUUGGAGUUAUUGCUAGAAGUAACUAUACAGAAUCGCGACAGAGUAACGUGCAUCUGGCCGGUCGUCCAAUGUCAUUUGGAUCGUUUGUUAACAAUGGCAGCACGCGAGAAUCAUCCUUAUCUCCUCGAAAGAGUAGCCGUGGGUAUGUUGAGACUGGCUAUCAGGCUUUUACGCGGCGAAGAGUUUGCAUGUCUGUCCCCUCUAUUACCUCUGACUCACCUGCCAUCCGCAACAACCGCACCAUUAGCUCGGCAGAUCGCCUACGGUUUGUUCGAACUAUUGAAAACAGGCGCCGCCAAUAUUCAUAGUGCCGAGGAUUGGAAGGUGGUGUUUAGUCUGCUUGAAUGCGCUGGUGCCGGUGCAUUAGCACCGAAACGGUCCAAUACUGUGCUAGAUGAAACAACAAAUGCUCGCACGUCGGUCUUGGAUCCUAGGCCCAUUAGUCCUGUGCCGGAAUGGGUGCUAGUGUCACCGACGGGCACUGAAGCACCUCUUCCAGUAGCCGCUGAUACAAUAGUAUUAGUGCGAGAUCUGCAGCCUCACGACUCGGCAGCGUUUGUCAAGUGCUGCGAGAGUCUAAAUUUCUUGGUGCGUGAUAUGGCGCACGUAACACCGUUCAAUUUUGAUCUGUGCGUCAACUGCGUAAGAACAUUUGCGGAGGCAGUGCUGCAAUGUGCGGGCAAGCGAAAUAGAGUAUGCAAUUCUACAGAGGAAUCGCCUGGUUAUCAGCAGAGUCCGGUGCAAUUAUUGGAUCUGAUGCAUACGUUGCACACGAGAAUCGCACAAGUAUUCCGAUGGUGGGCGGAAGAGGGUAGCAUCGACGAUGGUAUAUCCCUGUGGCCACAAGCUUGGAGGCCGUUGUUGCAAGGUAUCGCGCGACUCUGCUGUGACGCUCGUCGGCCAGUGCGCACGGCAGCGAUCACAUAUCUUCAGAGCACUUUACUAGCGCAUGAUCUGGCACAAUUGACUGCAAUAGAAUGGUCGCAGUGUCUUGAAGAGGUGUUGUUUCCGCUACUAGCUCAAUUGUUGGGUCCUAUCGCAUCCAACGAUCCUAUUGGUGUCGAAGAAACAAGAGUCAGAGCCGCAAUGUUACUAUCCAAGGUAUUUCUUCAUCAUCUUACUCCCCUACUGACUCUACCUGGUUUCUUGCCGUUGUGGUUGACGGUGCUGGAGCUUUUACGUGCAUACAUGCAUGCCGAUAAUAGCGAGCUUCUAUUCGAGGCGAUUCCUGAAUCGUUGAAAAAUAUGCUGCUGGUUAUGUCGUCGGCCAAUGUUUUGGCGCCAAAUUCCAAUCUCUGGGCACCCACAUGGAGAGCAAUCGAUGCGUUUCUGCCAAAUUUAAAAACGGAGCUCUUUCCGGAACCGCCGAUCGCGGUUCUAUCAUCUCCGCAAUUAUCGCCACAACAAUCACCGCAACAACCGCAAGUCAUCAGUUUGGUCGGCCAACAGCAACCGCCAUCGUUCCCGGGAUCUAUAGCGCCACAACCAGAAAAUACUACUCUUCUUUCGACUGAUACCGAGUGCUCUGAGAAUAACGUAGAUGUGAAACCAAUAACGCAACCAGUCGACAUUCUCAAUUCUGUGCAAUCCGGCGGUGUUCCAAUUCCGAUUUCGUUGCCGACAUUGGUAUACAAUGCCGAGGGUAAAGAGUCACAACAAGUGAUUACUCUGGUUAGCCAACCGCCACCCAGCGUUUCUAGUCCAGUCGCGGUGCAGCCCACCGCUCAGAAUAUCUUUGAUAUUUGCUACUCGGCGAGCUCUUUGACAGAUACGACGGCUGAACGACAGCAACAAUCUCAACUAGUAUCGUUAAAUGAAGAAAAGAAUAGGUCGCUGAAGAGCAUGAUGCAAAAUGUUGAAUUAACCGAUGAGAAUCGAGAUUUAAUUCUUGCGAUGAGGAAAUACGAAGAAUGGAAACAGCAGCAGCAGCAACAACAGCAACAGCAGCAACAACAACAACAACAAAUGUUGGUGCAACAACAGUGCACACAGCACACAACACAAUCAUACGGGCAAGCGGCGCACUAUCAGCAUUCGACAACGGAAGGCUCUCCCUACUGCGUGGAUCCAUCUGAGACGACGACAGUAGAUUCUACGGGGACGACGACGUUUAACUCCGCGGCGUAUUUUAGCGAGGAUCCGGCGGCGGAUCUUCUCUUCGUCGUCACCAAUCCUUGACCACUGUAUAUUUUUUAUGUAAAUUGUAUUAUAUAAAACAUUUCUACGAUGCACGUGAUCAUAUUUUGUGUAGACGAGCAGUUCGUUCUCUCAAGAAUGCUCGAUUAGACGAGGAAGGAUAUGCUGGUAUAAACAUAGAGUUGUCACAUCUUUGGUUUGUAUAUUUGGCACUCAUUAUAUACAAAUAAUAUACAUAUGUACCAUAACAUUAUUGUUAAGAUUAUCAUAUAUAUAAUGCGUAAUCUUGACAAUAAUAAUGACAUAUAAUACAGCUCUCGACAUCACUUUUAGCACUCGAUAUGUAUUUCCAUUUAAAUUUUUUUUGCGUCACGGAUAAAAGAAGCUCUCUUUGUGAAUAGCCAAAUGCGUAGGCCAAAAUCAUCUGGAGAAACGACCGAUUAAUUCCUUGCGAUUAAUGUUUUUCGGCAUGUUGUAUGUGUUUCUGAAUGAUGCGAGCCGAAUAAUAUCUUUCAGCUAUCUAUUCUUACAAAUUCUACUUAAACAUUUACAAAUCCUACUUAGAACUGCAAGUGAGAAAAAAUUUUCUUCUCUCACAUGUAUGGAUAAUCUGUAUGGAUAAUCAUGUAUGUUUGAUUCGUACAUGUUCAAUGCCAUUCUUGGAGAGAACUACUCGACUCUGAUUGCUAAUCGAGGAUCGAAAUCAAAAUUUGCAAUUUCAGUUUCAGAAUGUUAUUGAGAUAUGUGAGAAAUGACUAUCUACAUCAUCGCCGUUUCCGGAUAAAAUAGGCAUCGCUUUUGCGUAGCUAAAAAUCUACAGUCAAAAACUGAAUUUCAAACAUAAUUGUAUCGAUUUCAAUUAUCGCUUGUAAUUUAUUGAACUUAUGCAACUUAAAUGUUUCUUCAGUUUCGCGAUAUCGCCCAAUUUGUACAUAUGCAAAUAAUAUAUUGAAUAAUAAGAGGUUUAUACAUAUAACGUUUACAUGUCUUGGAUCCGUUGAACAAGACUAUUUCGAUGACGACAUGAUUUAAUGUAACUCAAAAUUAUUGUGACGUGUGAACCUUCUGUUUACGAUCGUGUGUUACUACUGCUCGCUAACAAUUAUUAUUAAAAUUCUUAAAGGAUCAAAAUAUUAUAUCCCUGAGAAUGUGACGCUCUCGUUUCUCACUCACGUUUUCCUAUAUGCGACAGUGUGCCGGUUGUCAAAUAUCGACAAGUCAAAAAAAAA